UCUGACAUAUCAAUUAAAGUUGUUUAUUUGCAGAGUUCAAAGAACCUUUUGAACUCUGUACUUCAUUUUUCCUCUACAACUCCUCUGUCUCUUUAGUAUCCAUGGCUAGUUUGGCAUGUUACAUUGUUUUAGUGGUGGCACUAGCGAGUGGUUUCAGAGGUGCAGAGGCAGCACGUGCUUUCUUUGUGUUUGGAGAUUCACUUGUUGAUAAUGGCAACAACAACUACUUGGCAACUACUGCAAGAGCUGAUUCUCCUCCUUAUGGCAUUGAUACCCCAAAUGGCAGACCCACUGGCCGUUUCUCCAAUGGCCGCAACAUUCCUGAUUUUAUCAGUGAACAACUUGGGGCAGAACCCACUUUGCCUUAUUUGAGCCCUGAACUCAAUGGGGAUAAUUUGCUUGUUGGAGCCAAUUUUGCCUCUGCUGGCAUUGGAAUUCUCAAUGACACUGGAAUCCAAUUUAUUAACAUAAUCAGAAUAUUCAGACAGUUGGAGUACUUCGAUGAAUAUCAGCAGAGGGUGAGUGCUCUAAUUGGACCUGAAGAAACUCAGCGCUUAGUAAAUGGAGCACUGGUCCUCAUCACUCUUGGAGGCAACGAUUUUGUGAAUAACUAUUACUUGGUGCCUUUCUCGGCAAGAUCUCGCCAGUACUCUUUACCGGAUUACGUGAGGUACUUGAUCUCCGAGUACAAGAAAGUUCUCAGGAGCCUGUAUGAUAGAGGAGCACGAAGGGUCCUGGUGACAGGAACGGGUCCAUUGGGCUGUGUUCCGGCAGAAUUGGCAAUGCGAAGCCGAAACGGUGAAUGCUCUCAGGAGCUGCAGCGUGCGGCAGCAUUGUUCAACCCUCAACUUGUUCAGAUUCUGCAACAACUUAAUAGCGAAAUUGGUUCAAAUGUCUUUAUUGGAGCCAACACAAGACAAAUGAACAAUGACUUCAUCAGUAACCCUGGAGCUUUUGGAUUUGUUACAUCAAAAGUAGCAUGCUGUGGUCAAGGACCUUAUAAUGGUCUUGGACUGUGCACUACAGCAUCCAACUUGUGCCCAGACCGUGAUGUUUAUGCAUUUUGGGAUCCCUUCCAUCCAUCAGAAAGGGCCAACAGCUUCAUUGUUCAACAGAUCAUGUCAGGCAACACAGAGUACAUGUAUCCAAUGAACCUCAGCACCGUUUUGGCCAUUGAUGCAGCCAACAACUAGCUAAUCCUGCUGCAGAAACUGCAUCAUCUCAUUUUAGUAUUGCAAUUAAUGCAACUUUUGUGUUUGUGAUAAUGUCUUGAAGAUUUAUUUGGAGUCACUGUACUCUUCAAGCUGUUAAUUAGUAUUUAGGAGUGUGAUUGUUUGCGAAAUUGUCUCGAACUUGUGGGUUACUAUGUGGUAUUGAGUGAGUGAGGAUAGUUAAGCACCGUCUUUGUUCUCAUUCUCUUUGGCAGAACAGAAAAGCUGCAUAAUAAUUAUUGAUAAUUAAGUGAUUUUUUGUGUUCAAA